ACUCAUUCAUCCAUUCCCACCCUCUACUCUACCGUGUGAGAUAUUGGCCAUAAAUGGUCAGUGUUGAUUCAUCAACUAGUCAUAGUUCAGCCAUGGCUACUAAACUCAAUAUAGAUGUAGUGAGUAGAAUCUUAUUGGCCAUAAGCUUCUUCGUUUACUCAGUUUCAGCAAAGUCUCAAACCUAUAUUGUACACAUGGACCGAUCAGCUAUGCCCAAAGCCUUCUCAACUCACCAAAGCUGGUAUAUGUCUACUCUUUCUACCAUAUCAGAGAAUUCACAACUCCCUAUCAGCUCAAAACUCAUUCAUACUUACACAAAUUCUAUCCAUGGCUUCAGUGUAACUCUCACUCCUUCUGAGCUUGAAGCCCUCAAAAACUAUCCUGGUUACAUUCAUUCCACACCUGAUCAUCUCCUUAAACCCCUCACCACUCAUACUCCAAAGCUCCUUGGCUUGAGCCCCACUUCUGGUUUAUGGCCAGCUUCGUCUUAUGGCGAAGGCAUCAUAAUUGGUGUAGUUGACACCGGAAUUUGGCCAGAGAGCAAGAGCUUCAGUGACAAGGGAAUGACGAUAGUACCCUCUAGAUGGAAAGGGAAGUGCGAUUCAGGAGAACAAUUCAACUCUUCCUUGUGCAACAAGAAACUAAUCGGAGCUCGUUUUUACAACAAGGGUCUUCUAGCAAAUUAUCCUGACUUCAAUAUGACCAUGAACUCUCCACGAGAUGAAGAUGGACAUGGCACUCAUACUGCUUCGACCGCAGCAGGAGGUUAUGUGGAAAGCGCAUCUUACUUUGGUUAUGCAGUCGGCACUGCCAGCGGCUUGGCCCCGAGAGCUCGAGUGGCUAUUUAUAAAACUAUAUGGAAAAACUCAGUAUACUCUUCUGAUUUUCUUGCAUCAAUAGACCAGGCAAUAGAAGAUGGUGUGGAUAUUUUGUCUCUCUCUUUGGCGUUAGGCCACGGUGAAUUUGAUUUCGAUGAUGAUAGUGUGGCAGUAGCCACAUUUGCAGCCAUGGAGAAAGGUAUAUUUGUUUCAGCUGCAGCUGGAAACAAUGGCCCACGACCUGGAACAGUAAUCAACGCUGCACCGUGGAUAACUACUGUAGGAGCUGGUACUGUCGACAGAGAUUUUCAAGGAACAUUCGUUUUGGGAAACGGUUUUCAGAUCAACUUCGAUUCAUUAUAUCCCGGAAACUCUUCUCAAAUCCAAGUUCGCCUUGUUUUCUUAGAUGCGUGCUUAGAUUUGAAACAAAUGAAGAAAGUUAGAGACAAGAUAGUCGUAUGCAAAGACAACCUGAGUAUAAGUGAUCAAGUAGAGAACGCUAAGUCUGCUAAAGUGUUUGGUGCUGUCUUUAUUAGUAAUCACUCAUCGUUAUCUGAUUUUUAUACCAGAAGCUCAUUUAGAGCUGCAUUUAUUGGCUUAAAGGAUGGUGAAGCUGUUAUAAACUAUAUCAAGAAAAGCAAAAAUCCCACUGGAAGACUUGAGUUUCAAAAAACUGUCCUAGGUUCAAAACCAGCUCCAAAAGUGGAUAGCUAUAGCUCGAGAGGGCCAUCUCUGACCUGCCCAAAUGUGUUAAAGCCAGAUAUUUUGGCCCCUGGUUCAUCAAUCUUGGCAGCCUGGUCUCCAAUAAGCUCAGUAGCUGAGGAUCAAUCAAGGUCUUUGUUCAGCGACUUCAAUAUCGAUUCAGGUACUUCCAUGGCUGCGCCUCAUGUUGCAGGCGCGGCAGCCCUGAUCAAAUCAGUCCACUCUGACUGGAGCCCAGCAGCCAUUCGGUCAGCUCUUAUAACCACAGCAAACCCAUUGGACAACACCCAAAAGCCCAUUCAAGAUGUGGACAACUUCGAAAUCCCUGGCCUGGAUACUGGAGCUGGCCAUAUUCAGCCCAACAAGGCCGUUGAUCCUGGGCUCAUUUAUGAUGCAACAUCAGAGGACUAUGUUAAGCUUUUGUGUGGAAUGAAAUACACAGCAAAACAGAUUCAAACCAUUACAAAGUCUAAUCACACUUGUGUCGGGCCACGGUCUUUGGAUCUCAAUUACCCAUCGUUUAUUGCUUAUUUUAAUGGAAUUGGUGGUUCCAAAGUUGUGGAAUUCCGAAGGACAUUGACCAAUGUGGGAAAAGAAAACUCAAGUUAUAGUGUAAAAGUCACUGCCAUGAAUGAGUUGCAAGCUAAGGUUGAGCCCACGAAGUUAGUUUUCAAGAAGAAGUAUGAGAAGUUAAGUUACAAGCUGACGUUGGAGGGUCCAAAGGUGUUGAAAGCAGACGUGGCUCUAGGCUCACUGAGUUGGGUAGAGGAUACUGGUAAAUAUGUUGUGAGGAGUCCAAUAGUGGCCACAAAUAUUGAUCCUGAAUCUUUGCGUGAACUGUAACUGUACUGAUUAGGGCCAAGUUACAAUGGCAAUAUUAUUGAUGGUGAAGAAGUGAAUUAGUAGAAUAAAUGAAGAACUAGUUCUGAAGUGUUUACUUAAGUCUACUCUCUUCAGUGUUAUGUAUAAUGAUGUAUUUUGGUUUUGUUAAUGGUCAAAACAAGACCAUGUUCCAAUAAAUUAUAACGCUAUCGUUUAUUUUA